AUGAGCUGGCUAGAGAAACGCAACGACGCCAUUCAGGUGAACCCAAACACCCAGAACAACAAGCAUGUCGACAUUGCCAUCACCGUACGCGGCUCUGACUUCUACUUUGCCAUCUGCGCCGUCAUGGGCUUUGUCGCUUUGGGCACGAUCGCUGCUUCUGCCAUGAAACCUCGCACAGACCGUAUCUUCUUCUACAUCACCGCUGCCAUCAACCUGACUGCCUGUAUCGCCUACUUCACUAUGGGCUCUAACCUUGGCUGGACACCCAUUGAUGUCGAGUUCCCGAGAACCUGGUCCAAGGUUGCUGGUGUCAACCGUGAGAUCUUCUACGCUCGCUAUGUUGACUGGUUCGUCACCACACCGCUGCUUCUGAUGGACCUUCUCCUUACUGCUGGUCUGCCUUGGCCUACCAUCCUCUACACAAUCUUCCUUGACGAGGUCAUGAUCGUCACUGGUCUCAUUGGCGCUCUUGUCAAGAGUCGUUACAAGUGGGGCUUCUGGACCUUCGGUACCGUCGCCAUGUUCGCCAUCUUCUGGAACCUUGCAGUCGAAGGUCGCAAGCAUGCCAAACACCUCGGCUCAGACGUUUACCGUUGCUACCUCAUGUGCGGAGUCCUUACUCUCUUCGUCUGGCUCUGCUACCCCAUCUGUUGGGGCGUGUCCGAGGGCGGCAAUGUUAUUCCUCCUGAUUCAGAGGCUGUCUUCUACGGAGUUUUGGAUUUCUUGGCCAAGCCUUGCUUUUCCAUUGCACUGAUUGCUGGCCAUUGGAACAUCAACCCUGGUCGUAUGGGCCUGAAGCUGAGAGACUACGACGAAGAGCCGGCCUACUUUGGACCUAAGAACGGAGCUGAGGCUGCUAAGGAACGCGGUCGCACUGAUAAUGCCGUUGAUGGUGUCGCCUAA